AUGCAUUGGUUCUUCACAAAGCUAAGAGAAGUAAUCGGAGAAGUCGAGGACCUUACAUAUGUCACCGAUCGGGGACAGUCUAUAAUAAAUGGUAUUGCUGAAGUUUUUCCCGAUGCACAUCAUGGGUAUUUCAUGUACCAUUUACAAGGCAACUUGAAGACCAGGUAUCGGGGCAAAGGCAUCAUUUCAUUGUUUAGGAGAGCGGUCGAAACUUACAGUAUUGAAGAGUGUAAUAGGUACAUGCUGCAGCAGUGGUUUCACGAUCGACGUGCGAAAUCACAUAAUUGCACAACCGUGCUAGCCCCAGCACGAGAGGUAAAGCUCUUCAAGGCUGCAGAGGCUGUGAGAAAGUUAAAUGUCGAACCACUAGACGAGUCGCGCUUCUCUGUGGAAUGUGCACGUCAUAUGGCAUAUAUGGUAGAUUUAAGUGAUGGAACAUGCACUUGUAAACAAUUUCAGUUUGAAAGUUUUCCAUGUGAGCAUGCAAUUGCGGUGGCUAUAUAUCGAGGAUUUGCAACGAGAACAUUGUGCUCUGCUUAUUACACUGCUGAAAACUGGAGAGCUGCGUAUGUUGAAACCAUAUUUUCGCUUCCAAACGAAGCCGAGUGGGAAGUUCCCGAUCAUAUUCGCCUGUUCAAUACAUUGUCGCCACCUCUCAUUGAACAUCGUGGUCCUGGACGUCCAAGUACUUCUAGAAUACCAUCUACUGGAGAGUUUUCCCGACUGCGUAGGUGUAGCAGGUGCAAAUCAGUGGGACAUACUCGCCAAUUUUGUACAAGUCAGGUUUUCCUAAAUGACAGUUAG